AUGGAAACAGAGGAGAACAGAGUUGAAGAAAAACGCAGACAAAAAGAGGAAGAAAGGCUGACCACUGUCCAAGCCACUCCCCAGGCCGCCACCAUCAGCAUCUCCAUGAAGCCGCUGCAGAGAGAGAAGAACAUUGUUGACAGAGGGAGCAAAGGAAACAAAGAGAAAAAGCAGCACCGAAAUAGCAAGGAGGAGGAAGAAGACCGCAACAACACCACCGCCAAAUCAGCCACCACCACCACCAUCAGCUCAUCUAUCCAGGCUCAUCAUCCCAGAUUCCUCUCCACCGCCACCAGCAUCACUGCCAUCUGCCAUUGCCCUCCCAGUCGACAACAGCCCCGUGAGAAGCAGAAGGAAGAAAUGGAAACAGAGGAGAACAGAGCUGAAGAAAAACGCAGAGAAGAAGAGGAAGAAAGGCUGACCACUGUCCAAGCCACUCCCCAGGCCGCCACCAUCAGCAUCUCCAUGAAGCUGCUGCAGAUAGAGAAGAACGUUGUUGACAAAGGGAGCAAAGGAAACAAAGAGAAAAAACAGCGCCGAAAUAGCAAGGAGGAGGAGGAAGACAGCAACAACACCACCGCCAAAUCGGCCACCAGCACCACUGUCAGCUCAUCUAUCCAGGCUCAUCAUCCCAAGUAA